UUAUUAUUUGAAUCGGCUGUGUAGAGCUAGGGCAAAAACCAAACACCCCUUGGUGUCCCCAGGUCCGAAUUUGGAAAAUGCUGGACUAGGGGAUGCUCCUUUCUGUGAUAAGCAGUGUACUGUCUAGUUUUCCUACCUGAACAUUUCGAGAAGUUCCUCACAGACGAGAACAGCUGUGGUUUGUCCAUGACAUGGCUGGAGACUGUAUCAGUAACGAUGGAUGUCAGCAAAAAUGGUUUUCACAGAGACCUGGUCACCACAGUUGAUUUCGGUCCUGGUUUUCCAGAUGGCCUCGAGGCUCUGCUGGUUCACAGACUACCCAGUGGGAUCUACAUUGAUCAAUACCAACUUGCAUCUCUGAAAGAGGACACUGGUUUACAGGUGCUUUUGGGUUCAGUGGUUGACUUGGAGGCUCCAGCACACACAUCUGAGGAAUUCAUUGUUCUUGUGUAUCCUGCUCUGGACCAAGGAAGUCUCAAAGCAACACUCCCUAUCCAUGGCCGUUAUCACAAGCCCUCUCUUGCAGGGAAGAGAUUUGAACUUGUUGAAAUUAAACUUCCAAAGCUAAUACUCAGGACAGAUACAUGUACACAGCUCAUUUCCUUUCCUCCUUACAAAAUUGUGGACGCACCCUGCACUGUCCACAACUUAAGCAUAUGCCAAUGGCUUGAUAUCCAACAUCUACAGGAGCAGGAUCCUGUGAGUUUGGAGAUACCACUUGGUGAUGGGUCUCUGGUGGAGCCUGUGUGUGCUGGAACUCUGCUGGUCACACUGCUGUGCUGUGUCAUCCUUUCAAGAAGUAUCUGGAGGCAUGGUGUUUUUUAAGACAAUGUUAUACUGACUUAAUAAUGUACUGUACAUUAAGAAAUAUCCAGGGAUUCAUUUGCAACUGGACUAUUUAGCUUUUUUUCCCAAUGACUUUUUAAAACAUUUUUAUUAAGUAAUUGGUACACUGCUUCCAUAUGUUUUUGUGUCAUUAAAGAACCGUUGAUUGGA